CGUGCGUGAGACCGUAGCGUGUGCGCGCUUGCCGUGUGUGUGUUUGUGGUGUGUGAGGCAGAUGAGCGGAGCAGGCGUGACUCCGAAGUAGGUGGAGGUUUUUGGGGAAAAAGACGAAAGAAUCUGCUCCGGAGCUAUGAGAGUUGAACAACAUUGCGGGCAUGGGGAUACCUCGGCAAAUCCGAGCCAGUUGGUGAUCAACCAGCUGAGGGAAAUAACUGGCAUCCAGGAUGUGCAGGUUAUAUGGGCAGCUUUGAAGGCCAGCCAAGGUGACGUGAGCAGGACCAUCAGCCUGCUGACUGCACAGUCCGAGGGAGGGCCCAUGGCGGAGGAGCGCUCUGCUGCAGACGGCACGGGGGGCGUCUGGCUCACACAGAAACAGGUUGUUGACAUGACCCCAGGUGGGGCUAAAGAUGAACUUCAGACGGCAAUAGAGCUCAGCUUGCAAGAGUCUCAAAACGCUCAGGCAGAAGAAAGAGAGUUUAUCAGGGCGCUGGAGGUCAGCGCGGAGGAGAACGCCGCUCGGAUGAAGAGGAGGAGGUGCGAGGCCUCGGGGGAGACCUCCAGCCCGGCCGACUGGAUCCGGCAGGAUGACUGGCCCGUGGGAAUGCGCAACGUGGGCAACACCUGCUGGUUCAGCGCCGUCAUACAGUCGCUGUUCCACCUGCCAGUGUUCCGCAGACUGGUCCUCAACUACUGUCUCACAGAGAGCCUACUGCAGAAGUGCAGGAGCCACUCGGAGAAGAGGAACAUCGCUUUCAUGCAGGAGCUGCGGUGUCUGUUCGCCCUCAUGGUGGGCUCCACCCGCAGGUUCGUGGACCCCUCUGCCGCUGUGGAGCUCCUGAAGGACGCCUUCCGCACCAGCGAGGCCCAGCAGGAUGUAAGCGAAUUCACCCACAAGCUCCUUGACUGGCUGGAGGAUGCAUUUCAACUUGCAGCUAAUGGAAACAAUUCUGAUGAUAAGCAAAAGAAUCCAAUGGUUCAACUGUUCUAUGGCACAUUUGUGGCAGAGAGAAUGCAUGAAGGAAAAACCCUCUCCAAUAUUGAACAGUUUGGUCAGUACCCUUUGCAAGUGAAUGGAUUCAACAAUUUGGAUGAGUGUCUGGAAGGCGCCAUGGUGGAGGGGGAGAUCGAAGCUCUGCACUCGGAUCAAACCAUUUCCUCAGGGCGAGAACGAUGGUUUUCAAAGUUGCCACCAGUGCUGACCUUUGAACUGUCCCGGUUUGAGUUCAAUCAGUCUUUGGGACGUCCAGAGAAAAUACAUAAAAAACUGGAGUUCCCACAAAUUAUAUACAUGGACAGGUACCUCCAUAAGAACAUUGGCCAGAUGCAGAGCAGGAGGGAGGAGGUGAAGAGGCUGAAGGAGCAGCUGGUGGUCCUGCAGCAGAAGCUGGAGAGCUAUAAGAAUUAUGGCUCGGGGCCCACCAAAUACCCCCUGGCAGACAUGUUGCAGUAUGUGCUGGAGUUUGCCACCACCAAGCCUACGAGCAUUUCGCCCAUCGAGGACCUGAGGACCGCGCCCUCACCUGCCCCAGCCUCCUCCGACACCCCCCUGCACACAGACCCCGCCCAUGAAGGCUCCAGUCCGUCAGAACCAGGAGAUGCAGGCCCAUCUGAUGGUUCCAGCUGCCCACAACUCACAACACAGAGAACCCCCAUAUACAAGCCCUUCACCCAAUGCAGACCCCCCGCGGAUACCCCCAUGCACCCAGCCCCCCACGGUGUCACGGAGGAGGAGCUGCACUUUGUCAAGGGCUGUCUGCAGCGCUGGAGGACAGAGGUGGAGAACGACAUUAACGAGCUGAAGAGCAGCAUCGAGAGGGCCAGCCAGACUCUGGAGGGAAUGUACGCUGACCGUAGCUUAUGCCAGGUGCCCUACCGGCUUCAUGCAGUGCUAGUCCACGAGGGCCAGGCCUCAGCGGGCCACUACUGGGCCUACAUCUUCGACCACUCCCGCAAGCGCUGGCUCAAGUACAACGACAUCUCGGUGACCGAGUCGUCCUGGGAGGAGCUGCAGAGGGACUCGUACGGCGGCAUGACGAACGCCAGUGCCUACUGCCUCAUGUACAUCGACGACAAGAUGCCCCACCUCAUCGCCGAGGACACAGACGACGAGACAGGGCAAGUCCUGCAAGGCACGGACUCCCUGCCCCGGAUCCUCCGACACUACGUGCGGGAGGACAACCGCUGGUUCCAGCAGGAGCUGCGCGAGUGGGAAGAACAGUUCUGCAAGGUCCCGCAAGAGGAACCGGCCGCUCCCCCAACAGAGAACACAGAGAAUCCGGAGCCAGGACCAGCGGCAGAAGAGCCUGCCCCAAGACAGCCGACGCCCACUUCGCUGCCAGCAGAGGAGGCUGGUCUCACUGAAGUAGAAUCGGCUCCAGUCAUCAGUGAUGCCCCAGACGAGGUGCAAGAGGCGCCCACUUACCCCGUUAACGAGGUGCAAGAGGCACCCACUCAGGUGUCCCAGGUAGCCCAGACAGAGCAGGAGCCAGAGCCGAAACCAGAGCCGAAAUCUGAGCCAGGGCCUGAACCAGAGCCAGUGGCAAAGCCCGAGCCUGUGGCAAAGCCCGAGCCGGACAUACAGGUGGAGGCAGAGGUGGAGGUGGAGAAUGAGGUGGAAGCCAAGGGCAGUGGCAUGGAGACUGAACCUAAGGAGGAGGAGGCGGAGCCAGAACCUGAGCCAGAGGCCUCGGAUUCGCCUGCAGAAUCUACAGACACGCCCCCCGAGGAGAGUGAAAGGCAGCCUGAGAACCAGGUGUCUGAGGUGGAAAUCCCCAACGUGGGUAGAAUUCUGGUCCGCUCCGAUGCAGAUGGAUACAAUGAAGAGAUGAUGCUCACACCAGCCAUGCAGGGAAUUAUCAUGGCCAUUGCCAAAGCCAGGCAGGUUUUUGACAAAGAUGGGCCCGAGGCUGGACUCAUAAAGGCUUUCCACGAGGAGUACUCCCGCCUGCACGAGCUGUCCCUGGAAGAAACCACGCCCCAGCAGGACCCCCGUCUACAGCAUGUGCUGGUCUACUUCUUCCAGAAUGACGCUCCUAACCGCGUGAUAGAGAGGACUCUGCUGGAGCAGUUCACAGACCGCAACCUCAGCUUUGAUGAAAGGUCAAUCAGCAUCAUGAGGGAGGCUCGGGCGAAACUGAGGCUGAUCAGGCCAGAGGACAUGGACAUGGAGGAGUACACGAAAUGGCACGAGGAUUACAGCCUGUUUCGGACCGUGUUCUUGUACCUGCUGACGGGCCUGGAGCUCUACCAGAACGGAAAGAUAAGAGAGGCGCUGAACUACCUGGCGUACACCUAUCAGAAUAACAUGGAGCUGCUGAGGCGUGGGGAGAGGAGGGGCGUGGAGCAGUCACUUAUUGCACUUUACAGGAGGAAAUGUCUGGUGGAGCUGAACGAGAACGCGGCGACGCUGUUCCGGAGCGGAGAGGAGAGCGACGUGGAGGAGGGCGUGGGCAUCAUGAACGACACGGUGAUCCCCUGCAUGCACCUCAUGAUCCGCGACGACAUCAGCCAGGACGACCUGGACGCCAUCGAGGUGAUGAGGAGUCGCUGGUGCUCCUACUUGGGCCAGGACAUGGAUGACAUCCUGCAGGAGAAGCUGAGCGAGUUCCUGCCCAGAAUCUUGGACUGUUCCGCAGAGAUGGUCAUCCUGAAAGAGCCUCCCAGGGUCCGGCCCAAGUCGCUGCAUGAGCUGUGCAGCAGACUAGCCGCAGUCAUGGAGUCCAUUCACAACGCCUCCGUCGUCACGGUCAAGUAAGACAGAUCCACUCAUUUGACCUCUCACACCGCGUGGAUGCCACCUGUCGGGCAACCUUCCUCUCAGGAAGGUUUCCCGAAUCUCACUGGAUUAUUCCAGUGUUCAAGCACCUGUUUUAAUCUUGUAUUUUUUUGCUGGUUUAUUUUCUUUUAUAAGUCUGUGCAUUGUGGAAUUAAAUCAGGUGUAAACUUCCUGAGGCUCACAUUGCUAAAUCAUGCUCAAAGUAGUUAAAGAGCUGAGGUACUGUUUUUUACUGUUUCUUGUUGUUUUGGGUACUGAAGAGAUUAAACUGGGAGUAGCCAAAGUGCCUCAGGAUGAAAGUCAAACCACGAGUUUAUUUUUAUCUUUUAUUUCACCUUCCAUAGCCAUUCACCAAUGAUAUAAAAUUAGGUCUGAAUUUAAAUGUGACUAUAGAGAUUCAAAGUCACAGCAGCCUUCACGUUUGUUAAUUCAAAAUUUGUUCAUUCAAAUUUGUAAAAUUGUUUCACUGUUCUACAGUGGAAUCUACCCAUGACCUGAAACAUCAAUAAACGUUCACCCUUUUCUUUCA